AUGACGUACAGUAGAGAUGUUCAGAUUUUAUGGUUUGUUCGAUUCCUGGUCCACGGAGAAGUAAACUGUCCCACAAUUCAGCAGUGGGAUUCUAGAGCUCUUAUUAAAUGCCUUGACCCGUCCCUGUACCAUUGUCUAUUGGAUGAUGAAGAUAAUCACACGGAAGCUUGUGUGGAAUCUGUUUACAUCCCAAAAGGAAGAUAUCCAAGGCUCUCCAGAAAUGCAAUGAUUUUUAGUAGAGUUUGUCCAAUAGAUGAAUAUCAACCAUUUGGAAAACUAUCCAAUAGAUAUCGUAGAAUCACAUGUGAUUUUAAAAAAUCCACUUGCAACGACGCAGGCGAAAUUUCAUGUGACGAUGUAUCAGCCAUCUCUGAUAGACUCUGUGAAUGUGAUUACAGGAGUGGUUACCGGAACUUCCUGUCGAACAAGUGCUACAGGAAAAGUACAACAUCCACUCACUGUAUCUAUCUUCCAUGUGAAUCGGGCAAAGAGUUAAAUCCUGAUUUCCAGUGCGUAGAUGCAUGUGCUAAUGGUUUCUUCCGACCAUUUAAAGGCUACAUUUGCAUUCCAAAUCAGGCAUAUACGAAGCUGUGUGUAUUCGUAUCAUUUACUACUAGUAUUUUCCGAAUGAACCAGUAUAUCAAGAAAUCCAUCACAACAUCUGCUGAAAGAACUCUUCGUAUUGGCGAGUUGAUUGAUGACCCUGAGCCAAUGAUACAAACGACACAGAGAGCAUCAGCAACUUCUGAUGAAGCUAAUUUAAUUGCAAACGUAAAUGUGGCUUCCACCAGAUUGCUUCCAAAACUUAGUCCCUCAUCGCAGUCUGCCAUAUCAAGGAAUGGUUGUAACAAUAUAGGAAGUGACGAAAUUAAGCUUCGCGAACACCAGGCCGGCUUAUCAUUUGAUUCAACUGACGCAGUGAUAGCUAGAAUAAAAGAUGCUGCCAUUGUCGUGUUACUGGUUCUUUUGAUCUCAGUCUCCAUUAUUUCCCUUAAGCAAAGGUUCAAACACAGGAAGAAGAUAAAAGAAAGGUCAUCCGUUUAUUUGUCAAUGGAAGGUAACCAGGGAUAUCAGCCACAGAAAGAGGCAGAAACCUGUUUAUACCAAAAAGUGAAUGCCCGAGAAAAUGACAGCAAUUCACUUGGCAGCAGAUACUCUACAGAGAGACCGCCUGAAUACACUUGUGUACACCCAGUUGACAUGGAAAUGGAAACAAAAGAUUCCGAAUAUGUGCAAAUGAACAGAAUCCUAUCUGAUCUCAAUAAAGUUGAACUUUUCUGA